ACCAUCGAAGCCCACUCCUGUCUCUCGAUGUUGCCAUCGACAGCUAGUUGCUAGCCGGCUAACCAGUUCCUGUGUUUGAGUGUGUGUCCUUCAGUCUGUAAUGGCGGCAGCUGGGAACCCAGGUCCGGGGGCCACACAGUGCAUGACCAAGGUGGCGCUGAGCAUCUCCUGUCAGAAUCUGCUCGACAUGGACACAUUCUCCAAGUCCGACCCGCUGUGCGUGCUUUUUAUGAACACCUCUGGGCCCCACUGGUGUGAGAUCGGCCGGACAGAGAAAAUAAACAACUGCCUUAAUCCAAGCUUCUCGAAGACCUUUGUCAUCGACUACUACUUUGAGAUGGUGCAGAAGCUGAAGUUCGAAGUGUACGACAUUGACACCGAGAACUGCAGUCUGCAAGAGGCUGACUUCCUGGGGGAAAUGGAGUGUACCGUGGGACAGGUUGUGUCCUCAAAGAAAAUUACACGACCACUUAUCAUGAAGAACAAGUCGCCUGCAGGAAAAGGAACCAUCACUAUAAGCGGAGAGGAAAGAACAGACAACCGGGUGGUCGAAUUGGAUAUGGGAGCUAGAAAACUGGAUAAAAAGGAUUUCUUUGGGAAGUCCGACCCUUUCCUGGAAUUCUUCAAGCAGACAGAAACGGGAUGGCUGCUGGCUCACAGGACAGAGGUGGUGAGGAAAAACCUAAACCCAACCUGGAAACGAUUCCGUGUCCCGCUGCAAUCCCUCUGCGGAGGAGAUGUGGAGAAACCUAUAAAGGUUGACUGUCUGGACUACAACAACAGCGGAUCUCAUGACUUCAUUGGCUCCUUCCAGGCCACACUCUGCCAAAUACAGCAGGCUUCACAGACGUUUGCGGCUGAGUUUGAAUGCACCAACAGUAAGAAGAAACAGAAGAAGAAAGGAUACAAAAACUCUGGUAUAAUCGUCAUAAAACGGUGCAAGGUUGUGAAGGAGUACACGUUUCUGGAUUACGUAAUGGGUGGCUGCCAGAUUAACUUCACUAUUGCUGUUGACUUCACUGGUUCCAAUGGAGACCCCAAAUUCCCUUUAUCCCUCCACUACAUCAACCCUCAGGGCUAUAAUGAAUACCUGGCCGCCAUCUGGGCAGUGGGCAAUGUCAUCCAGGACUAUGACAGUGACAAGAUGUUCCCUGCUUUUGGUUUCGGAGCCCAGAUCCCUCCGACAUGGCAGGUCAGCCAUGAGUUUCCCAUCAACUUCAAUCCAUCGAAUCCAUUUUGUGCAGGGAUAGAAGGUGUGGUGCAGGCCUACCGCCAGUGUCUGCCUCAGGUGAAGCUUUAUGGCCCCACAAACUUUUCUCCAAUCAUCAACCAUGUGGCCAACUUCGGCAGACAAGCCCUGCAGCAGCAAACUGCCUCUCAAUACUUUGUAUUGCUCAUCAUCACUGACGGAGUGAUCACAGACAUGGAUGAGACCCGCAACGCCAUCGUCAACGCCUCUCGUCUGCCAAUAUCUAUCAUCAUAGUCGGAGUAGGGGGGGCGGACUUCACUAACAUGGAGUUCCUGGAUGGAGACGAUGGAAAUUUACGCUCGGCUACAGGCGAGGCUGCCAUGAGGGACAUUGUGCAGUUUGUGCCAUUCAGGCAGUUCCAAAACGGUCCUCAAGAAUUGCUCGCUCAGAGUGUCUUGGCAGAAGUCCCAGGUCAGGUGACGGACUUCUUCAGAGCCACGGGUUUGAGGCCACCCCAGGGCGACACACCUCUCCCUGACCUCUCAACAUCUGCACCCCCCAGUGACGCAUCCUGAGUGUCAGCUUUUCUCCUCAAUAUAACACUUACAAAGGCCACUUAAACUCUGGAAUGUGUGUUUACAGGUCGUUUUCUUUCAAGUGUAAUAAUUAUCAUAACGUCGUUAACGUACAAACAUGUAAAAAUAUGUACUUAUAAUAUAGAUCCCUAGUUGAUGAAGCCAUAUUACACAGAUAUUGUCAAAUAUUUCUAUUUUGUCAAUAUUUCCUAACAUUUGCUGACUUCCCUGUAACUUUAAUACGACACUUAUAUAUGACUAUGUGACUCAAGUGCCAGAAUUGUUCAGGGUUUAUGAUUUCUUAUUAUAUCACUUUGCUUAUGAAUCAGUUGAAAUAUGUGCAACUUGGCUUAAGGUCUUUGGUUUCAGUAGAAAUACUGAGGCAGCCUUAAACAGCCAUCUGCUCAGUCCGAGUUCUCCAUGUGUUUCUGCUUGUGUGUGUCCAUAUUAAAGUGAACACACAAAGGCCCAAUCUCAUUUCGUUCCCCUUGGUCCUUGCCCUCUUCGUUUUAUGUACGGAGAUUUUUCACACCCUCACCUCGAACCUUAGCCUUAGCAUGCUAGCGAUCUUUUUUCCCUAAUGAUAAUCUUGAUUCUAACAUAACUUCAUAUCGCACCCCCUCCCUUAUUAGCCCUUGUGACUCUGUUUCAAGGGUCAAGAUAGACCUCGAAAUCAAGUGGUAGGGAUAGGGCCAAGGGGCGAAAUGGGAUUGGCGGAAAUGUAGGAGGUUCCAUUGACAUCACAGACCUUGGUCAAAGCAAUGUUUUGCCAAACCCCAGGAAAUCUUCCAAGAUGUUUACGGAUGAGAAUUUAACAAAUGAAUAGAUUUAAUGUCUGUUGUAAAUUUUUCACUACAGAAGUUGCUGCAUUGUUUCCUCGCUGCUGUUUUUGCACGUCUCUCUUUCUAUUUUUUCAAAUUCACUUCCACAUUUGGUUUGAAUUCAUAUUCUGUGCUUUUAUAUGAACGUUAAACCAAGAGAAUCCCAAGGAGCCACUCUUUACAGUAGUGGACAGCUUCAUGUGGUAAAACAUGUGUUUACAUAACAAAGUUCAAUCUGUCUUAAGAGGAGAAAGUAAAACCUCUAACUUAAAGGACUGUCAAGGACUGAAAAUGACAAAGUAUAUCUUUAUAUAUGACUAUGUUUAGUAUCACUAUGUUAAGUGUACGUUAAGUUUUUUGCACUGAUAAUCGUGCCAAUGCCUUAUGUAAUAUCCUUUUGUUUGUCUUUGGUUUUAUCAAUAUUUUAUGUAAAUGUUAUUUGUUAUUGAAGAAAAAAAUAGCUCAUUUUACUAACAAAAUGUACUAGUAUGUACGGAAGAGGAUUAGGGCA